UACGAUCGACCCUGACCGUCUACAGUUUCUCUCCAGCGUAGCCCUUAACGAAUACACUAAUUACCAUCGUUCAACUUGUCGUAUAUCGCCAUCAUGCAACGUUUAUACGCCUGCUAUCGGGGGCUUGCUUUCCGUGUUGUUUGCUCCCGCUAGAGACGGAGUUGUUCGCUGCUCGGCUGCUAAUGCCCCGGAGCCAGCAGCUGCCGCCGCUAUAGCGCCAAAAGCAGAUUGAGCGCAGCGCGAUUCGGAGGAGGGAGAGGGGAAGGGCCUCUGGCAUUGGAGCCGGCGGCGGCUGCACCCAUCGGAGCGCAUCCCGCUUCCUGGCGCUGCUGCAGCCGCUGUCUGAGACUGGCGGAAGGUCUGCCCACCACUGCUGAGUCUCGUAGUGAGUUCGUAGCGGUAGAUCUGUGCUGUGUUCGAUGCUGUGCUUUGUUGUUCGAGCAGCGGUCGCUCGAUGUCUCCGUUUAUGCCGUGCCGCAGCAGCCGAUGUCGUCGCCACGGCAGACGCCGAUCAGCUCAUGCUGAUCUGCCACCGAUGCAGACACAGACUGAUUCGGAUAGCGACCGACGUACAGGACUGAGUAUAUGCAUAUGGUCUGACGUAUGAAAGCCUCGUGCGCCUAUGGGGAGAUCUUGAUUAUUCGAGGAUUGGACAGGCGCGAGAAGUGAUGAUAGCAUUUUUUCCGUUUUGAGAGCGAAGACGAGAUUGGCUGCCGCGGUUGCUAGCAAACACUUCUGCAUCUGCGAGCCGCACUUAUCCCGUUAGUGACGGUCGACAGUUUUACCCGCUCUUCAGUCAACGGGUCGUGGAUCGAGCGCAGUCCCCAUCAAGCCGUCGUCGUUGUUGUUGUUGGCGGCGACUUCGAAGAUGCAUUGAUAUUGUACCUGUCAAGAGAACAUUUGCUUAGUAAGCGUACUGUUGUCUACUAUGGGUGAGGAGAUUCUGCCGGAUAUGCAGGCAGGACCGACGCAACCGGGCCCGAUGUACGCUAACGUAAUGGGAGGAUCGUUAGCUGGUGUGAGCGGUGGACUCGUCGGUAGCUGGAGUCGGGUGGCGGGGGCCCGUGCGCCAAUCUUCGAAUGGUACGACGUCGAGUUGCCUCUGCCGGAUGACGGGAACUUUCGGAGUACGUGCAAAAUAUGCAAGACGAGCAUCUCCGCAUCAAGACGGGCUACUUCGAACCUAAUCUCGCAUAUGAAGAGGAAACACCCUGGUGUAUAUGCCGAUAACGUCGGUCAGCGAUAUCAAAUUAAGACCGAAAGGCCCGUUUCACAGAGUCAUUCGCAAGGUGAAGGAUGUUUUAGCAGUGAUGGACCAAACGGAAUUGAAGGCUCGGUUACAUCCCAUGGAAGCAGCAAUGGAGUUCAUGGACCAAUUGUGGAUACCCACUCGAGGGCUAUCGGUGCCUUGGUAGAUUUCCUCGCCAACUCUCUCACUGAUCCGAAAAUGGUCGACUCCACAGAUUUUCGCCGCUUCGUUCACACCCUGAACCCCGGCUUCGACCUUCCAUCGAGUCUCCAUCUUAGUUACAGUUACUUGCCAUCCAAAAGAUGGGGCAUACAACAAAGAAUGAUGCAACUUCUACAGGAGGUAGAAUACGUCGCCAUCACACAAGACGUAUGGACGAAUGCAUCCCACCAGAGCGUAGCAUGUCUGUCGGCUCACUUCGUACACGACUGGAAGCUUAAAAUGGUUUUUCUGGCGUCCAAGCAUUUCACCCUACCUGAUAUCAAGACUAACUUAGCAGAGCUGUUCGAGGAUACCAUCUCAUAUUACAAUUUAUCCCAAAAAGUUUCCCACACGCUAACGAAUAACGCUACCAAAUUAGCGCGAUCAGCGAAGACAUCUCUACCAGGGUUUCUUUCUGAGGAUCUUGAACUAACAGAUUCACCAUCCACAAGCCAAGAGGGAGCCUCUAUCGACCUUAAAGAUAUGAAUUCCGUAUUUCUUGAAGGAAUGGCAUGCUUUGCAGAGGCGCUUGAAAGCUGCGUUAUGACUGCGACGAAGGACAAUUCUUUCCUCGAAUCGGUACUCUGCAAAGUAAGUGCGGUUGUCGAUUACAUUCGAACGAUCGUUUUCCCCAGUCCAGCGCUGGAGGAGCUGCGGGUGGUACUAGAGCGCGGCUACUCCACUUGGAACCUUCAGCUGCGAAUUGUCCGGGCAAUAGCUAAUACAACUCACGAGCGACUGCAGAAUGCUCUUUCCGGCGUCAAAUCCCUAAGUCACGAGGACUAUGCCGUUCUCACCGAACUCGUCGAGCUUCUUGAACCUUUUGAGGAAGCUUAUAACCUGUACCGAGAAGGGCACAAAGUCACAGCUAGUUAUGUCAUCCCGUGCAUACGAGGACUAAAAGUACACCUGCAGAAUAUUAAAACUGUCCAUCUGGGCCCGGUCGUCGAGAAACUCAGUCAAUUCAUUCACACCAAUUUAGCGAAGUACGAAGCCAAUGAAACGUAUGCGUUAUGCUCGAUUCUUGACCCGCGCUUCAAGUUGGCGUGGUGUCCUGAAGAAAGGCAGUGUAGCUUAAUCACGUUACUAUGUAGAAAGGCAUCUGAACAACGUUUCCCUGAAACAGUUACCUCCUGUAAUGCCAUGUUAUUUCAAGGUGAGGAGCGGAGGUCGAAAUUGUUCCAAUUUAUGUCUCCGCAGACAUCAAAAAAAGCCAACUCCGUGCAUUCGGUAGAGGUAGGCAGCUAUCUUGCGAUGCCCUGUUUACCGGACAGUGCAGCGUGCUGUCCACUUGAAUUCUGGAGGCAAAAUCAAGGCCAGUUCCCCUCGUUGUGCCAGUUGGCACGAUCUCUCAUGAACAUCCCGGCAGCCGCUACCCAGGUGUUACUCAUGAGUCGCAUUCAGAAUACUGAUACAGUGGCUAAUUUAGCUGAUCUAACACUCAACAGCUCGACAUUCGAAUCGCUAAUGUUUAUCAAAGUCAACAAUGCUCUCAUUCGACUGUAAGCGAUCUCCUCAACACUAUACAUAGGAUUAAGAUAAUACAGUAUGAAACAUACAUCCAUACAUAUAUACACCCAUACGUAUAUAUAAAGGAGCAAGGCCGGUAAAAGUACACUGUGGACUUAUUUGUGAUAAGCUUAAGUCUAGAUACGCAGGGUAUAUCCAUCGCUGGUCACAUCUUUGAGAUAUCAUUGAAUAAACUAUCGAAUACAAUAAUGAACGUACGUUCCAUAAAAAAAUCAUGUUCACUACAGAGUCACUUCAUAUAUAAUAUAUAAUUUCGUUAGCAUUUGUAGGUCUCGAACGAAGUGCACAAAUCCAAAACAAUGGGUAUUAGGCCUACAAUGACUAACGGGAGUGCUGGAACAAACUAGGUUUACAUAUAAUAAAGGUUUAUGUAAUUAUUAAAGACAACUUCGAACAUAAAGGGUCGACUGUCGCAUUUGAUGCUCGCUUUCGUGUUGCAUGUUAUGUAAAUAUCUAGAUUUUUAUUAACCUAAUACGGUACUUUACUACCGAUGGCAGAGAGGAAAAGCUGUAUACUGACCUCAAUGGCUAGAAAUGAUGCAGCAGACACGAGUUUCCUGUUUACAUACAAUUAUUAAGCUAAAUUACGUAGUCAACGAAAUCUGACCGUUAAAACACGUGAGAGUGCUGAAUACCAUUGGAUGGAAGGUGCGGUAUAUCUAAAAAAAAACAGUUAAUACUUACCUAGUUAUGUACAAUACAAGUAGAAAUAGGCUACUGAGAUUGAAACGUGUAUGAAGUCAAUAACCGUAGUAAAUAAGUGGUCUGUUCUUUAUUCCAAUGCUCUCAUUCGGCUUCGCGUUUUUUUUCAUAUUCACUUGUUUGACACAUUUUUGACGACAAAUAAAAACUGCAGGUUUUAC